GGUAUACUUGGUAUGAAUUAGUCGUUUUUUGUAAAGAGAAUUGCAUGUCAAUUUCGCUUUAAAAUGAAAUAGUUGUCCUAGCGCGAGUUGUCUACAAUACGUAUUUUGUUGUUUUAGCCUCGUAAAUAAAUAUACUUCCGCUGUCUUUGACUGUUCGAAGCUGUAGCGAGAAAGAUGUCAGUCUUCUCCCUUCACUCGAUAUCGGCCACCUCAAUAUCUAAUACUGACGAACUAACCCAAAUACUGUCCCAAUAUCGGACUAAAGCUAAAGUACAUAAGGGCUCAAAAAUCUCUUCCCUAGUUACGGUUAAGCUUGAUGACACGUUAAAGCUAAAUAAUAUAAACGGCACAAGAAGGCGAAAGCCUAUUUCCGUUACAAAAAAACCAUCAAGAUUUAAAGAUUAUAAUAAACAUGUCGUCUUAGAAGUUCUCGAACCGAUACUUAAAAAGAGAAUAGAAAAGAAUAAAAUGAAGCAAGAAAAAUUAAAUCCAUAUUUAACUAUAUCCGCUUCAGAUUUAGUUCAUAAGAUCAUGUCAAGUAAUAUACCAUUAAACCAGUGUGACAAAGCUAAACCAUUUAAAAUUGAUGAUAAAGAAUUUAAGGAUAUCAAAUCUAUGACAGCGUUAAUACCCAAGUCAAGAUUAGUCAGAUCUGCCAUACUGAAGGAUAUUAUCAACAAGAGAAUAGACGAAAAGGAUAAAAACAACAGGGAUUUAGUUUUAGAAUCAGUCAGUCGGUUAAUAGAAAAUGAGAAAUUAAAACAACGUUUCGACUUAGUGAACCCUCCAAAUUCGCAAUUUAGUAAGAGACAGCAGCUGUUAUGGGAAAGAAUAAGGAUAAAGGCGGCGGAAGAGUUACUUUUACACCCGAAACCUCUUCCUCAGAGGGCUACGGAGAGGAUUUAUGAUACAUUGAAGAUGGAUUUGGAGUUGGAGCCGACGGAAGCGGCGGAGGAACCGGGACUGUUCAAGGAGUUUAAGAAUAGAAUUGAGAAGCAAUAUUAUCUUGAUUGGAUUGAGCGAGGACAGGGAAGAGUUCUGAUUAGCACUUUAAAGCCUUAUUAUUAGUCAAAAUUACAUUGUGAUAUGUGAGACAUUCA